AUGCCGCAUUAUUUAUUGAUCUCCCACGUUUCCCGGCACCACUCUGUCGCGUCUUUUUUUUCCUCUCUCAAUUCACACUCAUCUCUCAAUUCCGCUUCCCCCUUUCUCACUUUACCUCCCUACAUUCCUACUAACACCAUGCCUCCCAAGAAGAAGAAUGCCGACCCUGCUCCGGCUGCUAAGCCAAAGGCUCCAGCGGCCAAAACCACCACCAAACCUGCAGCCAAAGCUGCAUCCAAGCCUGGCCGCCCCAAGAAGACCGACACCGAGCCAGCCCCUAAGAGCACCAAGGCCACGGUGAAGAAGGUUACCAAGAAGGUGACCAAGGAGUCCGCCCCUGCUGCCUCCGCCGGCGCGUCGAAGACCAAGGCGCAGCCCACCAAGAGAGAGCCCGCAAAGAAGACCACGGCCAAGGCCUCCACCACCAUGUCAACCACCGCGUCUAAGAAGCGCAAGGCCGAGGAGGCCGAGGAGGAGAAGCCUCGCGCGCCCAAGAAGCCUCGCGUCAUCCGCGAGCCCAAGCCCAAGAUCGUCAAGCCCAAAGUCGUCAUCAACGAGGUGCCCACGACGCGCCUGAACGUUUUCGUCUGCGGUGAGGGUAGCUCCGGUGAGCUGGGCCUGGGUGCCGCCAAAAACGCCAUCGACGUGAAGCGGCCCCGUUUGAACAAGUUCCUGGACGCCCAGGAGGUGGGUGUUGUUCAGAUCGCCGUCGGAGGCAUGCACUGCCUGGCACUCACCCACGACAACAAGAUCUUCACGUGGGGCGUCAAUGAUCAAGGCGCACUCGGCCGCGAUACCACCUGGGACGGCGGCUACAAGGAGAUCAAGGAGAACGCUGGAAGUGACUCGGACUCGGAGGACGAAGACGACAGCGGGCUGAACCCCCGGGAGUCGACUCCCACAGCCAUUCCCUCCAGCGAGUUCCCUGAAGAGACCGUUUUUGUUGCUGUUGCCGCUGCCGAUAGCGCCAGCUUUGCGCUGACCGACGAUGGUCAGGUCUACGGUUGGGGAACUUUCCGAAGCAACGACGGCAUCUUGGGCUUUGAUCCGGAGCACCGCGUUCAGACCACUCCCGUCCUCAUCCCCGCCCUCAAGAAGAUCAAGCAGCUGGCUUGCGGUGCCAACCAUGUCCUCGCUCUGAACGACCGCGGCAGCGUCUUUUCCUGGGGUUCUGGUCAACAGAACCAACUCGGUCGCCGUAUUGUGGAGCGCAACAAGCUCCACGGUCUUCAGCCUCGUGAGUUUGGCCUGCGCAAGAACAUUGUUCACGUGGGCUCUGGCUCCUACCACUCCUUCGCCGUGCACGCCAACGGCACGGUCUACGCCUGGGGUCUGAACAGUUUCGGUGCGACUGGUAUCAAGGACAACGCUGGUGACGACGAAGCCGCCAUUCCUCACCCAAUCCCCGUUGAAUCUCUCUCCAAUCAGGACAUUACCCAGCUCUGCGGUGGAGCUCACCACUCGAUUGCCCGCACUAAGGAUGGCAAAUGCUUGGUUUGGGGUCGCGUCGAUGGUCACCAGAGUGGCCUGAAGGUCGACUCUCUCCCCGAGGACUCUCUCAUCAAGGACACUCGCGGACGUCCCCGCAUUCUCAUCGAGCCCACCCAAGUCCCGGGCAUCAACGCUGUCGCCGUCGCUGCCGCUUCCGACCACUCCCUCGCCAUCGACGCUGAUGGUCGUGCUUGGUCUUGGGGUUUCUCCGCUACCUACCAGACUGGACAAGGCACUCAGGAUGAUAUUGAGGUCGCUACCAAGAUCGACAACACCGCCACCCGCGACCGCAAGCUGAACUGGGCUGGUGCCGGUGGUCAGUUCUCCGUCUUCACCGAUGCUGCGUGAAGCUGAUCCUCUUCUCACUUCCCUGUUUCUGGUACCACCCUGAUGACCUCGCUCGGCGCUUCUAUGAUAUAGUGGGGGAAGUCUUGUUUGAUUAAUACUUUUCCUUUCUCAUGGUCUCUGCUUCACUGAUGCAAAUGAUAUUUCCCGAGGGUUGUAUUUUUCUUUCUUUUUUUCUUCUGGGUUUCCGAAUUUUCUGUUAUCAUCGUUCGGCGCAUGCAAGUGAAAUUCCUUCCACCCCUGAGGAUUUGUUCAGGCAUGUCAAAAUAAUAUCUCUAGAAUCUGUUCUCUGCUCUACUCAAUGAUCUCGAUGUUCUAGACGAAAUCCGUCUAGCUAUGUCAUAAUACUCAAUGAAAUUUG